AUGGGAAAUACAGAUUCCGACGGAGAAGAUGGAUCCGCAGCCCUGCGCCAACGUCAGAUGGACCGAUUGGUCCGGGAAGAAAACUUCUAUGAAUUUGUAAAUGACCUGAGUGAAGGAGACUACAAGCUCAUGAGGGAUAACGAUUUGUUAGGCAUCCCCGGUGAGAGUACAGUAGAAGAGUUACUGAAGAGACUUCAACAAAUUAAAGAAAACUCACCGGAAUACUCAGAGGAAAAUACAGGUGGAGGAGAGUCUUCCAACAAGAGUGGUGAGUAUCUCUUAGAUUGGCUGAACCGUUCCGGACAAACUGAAGAUGUGACGAGCGGGCAAAGAGAAAACCAAACUUGGGAAGAAACGAGCCAGAUCAAUUCAGACAGCAAUGAUUCCACAUUCAGUUUAGCCGUAAAUUCUACCCCUAAUCCUGGGAGCCCAAAUCCAGAGAAUGAAUAUGUAGCAUCUACCAGAUCUCCCAGAGCAUACAACAAGGAAAACAGCGGAAGUCCAGCAGAAAAUAUACAACCCGAAUCAUCACUUAUAGGAUCACCUGGAUCAGAAGAAAGUACAACUGAAGCACGAAUACAUGGCCCAGUUACCAGAGGGCGGCGAAGAGCAAGAAGCAGGAGCCCUGACCACCAGAGAACCAGAGCAAGAACUGAAAGUCCGGCUCCGAACAGAAUUAAUGAACUUUUAGAAAGACUUCAUUACAGUUUAAGGUGUCCGACACUUGGGCCUCGGGUAAAUGAGACUGAGACCUUUCCUCGGAUUCCACACCAGGAAACAGCAAGACAGCAAAUAACUGGACUUGAGCUGCAAAAUAGCGGUGUUGCUGCAACUUCUGGAACAAGCAGUGCACUUCAAGAAGAAAGUUCUCCAGACACAACCAAUGAUGGUGAAUCUUGGAGACUGGGACAGAUCCAUCCAACCAUACCGCUCAAUCCUGAAGCAGGCCAAGUGUCUCCUAGGGCGCGCUCUCAGAGAGACAGCAUAGCUACCAGAAUUCAGUUGACAUCCGAGAUACCAAACAACACUGUCAGUUUAGAAAGUGAACAAGGUGGACUUGGGCAUACAUUUCCACAUUCUGAGCAGGCAGGUGCAAGAGCGUAUGCCAGGAAUGCCAGAAUUCCUUCUCUACAUGUCCUUGUAAGUACUGUCUUCGAUGAUACACCAUCUCUUCCAAUUCAGAGCACAUUAAGGCAGACAGUGACAAGAUCCAGUGACUUAAGUGGUAACCUUAGGGACAGUGAUACUGAUUUAGGGCACAGUGUCUCAUCCCUAAGUCCAGACAUGGAAAGGGAAGAGUCACUGAAUGAAACAGCUGCUCCUGUUGCUACGACUCCUUCUGAUUGCAAUGUAAAUCCUAUUUCUGAUGUCCAUUUAACUUCCACAUUGAUUUCUAGCUCCGGCUCCAAUUACAUGUCUAGUUUCAAUUCUACUCUUAUGUCCAGUUUCAGCUCCAGUGAUGAACAUUCAGCAAUUAACUCAGUGAUAUUUGAAGGCAGUAACAACAUAAGCUUACCACCAGGCUCACUAUCAGAAACCAGACAAGAAAAUAGGUCUCUGAGUCCAAUAACGUUUGAUGACAGUGACUCCUGGGCCUCCCUUAAUCUGGACCAGGUUUUCCUCUUAAAUGAAGAUAAUCGUGACCAAUAUACAGGACUUACCAAAGCACAGAUUGACAACUUGGCUAUAAGAUCUUUUGGUGAAGGCGAUACAUUAAAAUCCUGUGCCAUCUGCAUCACCGAGUACACAGAAUGCAACAAACUUCACAUCUUACCUUGCACCCAUGAAUUUCAUGUCCACUGUAUUGAUCCUUGGCUGUUGGAGAAUUCCACCUGUCCUAUUUGUCGUAGGGAAGUAGCAGAUUUUGCUGAAAGAGAAAAUUCUGAUUGA